CCCCUCAACCGCGGCUCCUCCCAUGAUUGCGUGUCGGACAAGAAGCCGACGCCCACGCCGCCCUGCUGCUCUGCCUGCUGCCGCAAUGGAGCACCAGAACCCUAGCAAUGGCGACGAGUUCGAGAGCGCCUGCUCCACCCCCUUCGCGAGCGCGCCUUCGAGCCCCGGCCGUGGCGGUUCCUCCGCCGCCGCGGCCGGCUGCUUCUUUAGUGCCCCGUCCAGCCCAAUGCACUACAUCCUUUCGUCUCCUUCGCCGCCUUACUCAGCUGCGGUCUCCCCCUCCGAUCCUGCCUCCGUCGAUUUCUCAUUUGAUUUCGAGUUCUCCGCCCGCUUCCCCUGCCUUUCCACCGCGGCUUCUGCCGACGAGCUCUUCCUCAACGGUCAGAUUCGGCCUAUGAAGCUGUCUUCUCACCUCCAGCGCCGGCAGAGCCUCGCCCCGCUCCCGGAUCUCGGCGUCGAGGAGGACGAGUGCGCGCGGGAUAGCCGAGAGGCGGAGGAGAAGGACGUCCGCAGGCGGGAUCUGAUGCUGCGGAGUAGGUCUGUGCAUCGGAGGGCUAGAUCGCUAUCUCCGUUGAGAAAUCUACCCUUUCGCUGGCGGCCGCAUGGCGCGGCGGACGAGGAGAGGGGUGGAGACGGGGAGAAGGCACCAGAUCGAAAGCAGAUCGAGUCGGAAGAAGCUCCCGCACCGCCCGUCUCGGCGUCCUCCCGCUCCUCCUCUUCUUCCUCGGCGUCCUCUUCGUCCUCCUCGGGGCGGAGCUCAAAGCGGUGGAUCUUUCUGAAAGAUUUCCUCCACCGGAACAAGAGCGAAGGAAGUGGCCACGCAAAGGAGAAGUUCUGGCGCGCCAUCUCUUUCUCGGCUCCAAAAGACAGUCCGAGACCCACGUCGCCGCCAGAACCCGAGACGACUCCACAGCCGGCGGAGUCCGCGGCGCGUCGAGAACAGACGACCCAGCCGCGGCGGCAACAGAGGCCGGUCAAUGGGCUGGGGGCGAGGCGGCGGGCGACGGCGCCGUCAGCGCACGAGUGGCUCUACACUGCGAACCGGGCACAGGCGGAGGAGAUGAAGCGGCGAACAUUCCUCCCAUACCGGCAGGGCCUCCUGGGCUGCCUCUGGUUCAGCUCCAAGGGCUACGGCGCCAUCGACGGGUUCGCCCGCUCUCUCAACCACGUUCCGUCGAGGUAACCCGUUCUGUUAUAUUCUCUUCGAAUUUCUGCAAUCCCAACUCGCUCGAGUUUCGUUGCGAAUGAGGCUGUUCAGCAGAUGUCGGAUUUCUGGCCUCGCUUUGGUUUUAUGUUUUAUAUUGUCGAGUUGAUAACUGCUUUGUUGCAUACUUGCGUUCUGCUUCAUAUUUUUGUAGCAAAAAAAUAUUCACAGUUGGUCGGGUGCUUGAAGGGUUGUGUAGUUCCCACCCUGCGUUAACGGAUUUCCCUUUGAAGGGUUGGUGUA